UUUAUUUACCAUUUUUCGUGUUCGAUUAUAUUAUUUGCUAUGUUUAUCGCGGAAUUUAUUCAUUCUAAUAUGUAAAUUAAGUAACUUGUUGCAGAAGUUUUUUAGAAAGGUCAAAAAACGGGCAAACGGUUUCUCCCUUCAAAGAAUUUGAUGAACACCGUCGAUAUACUGGCAGUACAGAGUAAGACCUUGCUAACUCGAAACCUGGAUUACUAUUGCUGUGAAAUAUUCAAGGUAGAUUAUUGAGCAGGAAGCAAAAUGCAGAAAAAUGGAAAUAAAUCAUCUACCGAAAACUCUGAAGAAAAUUGUACACAAUUCUCAAAACCACAUGGAGUGCUUAAAAAGAAUAAGAGGCCAAGCAAACGUAAACGCAAAAAGGCUCAGGCGCUUGCUGAAGCGCAACAGUCUUCAACGGAACUUAGUGACACUGAGCCAAGUACAAAAAACGUUUUGUUCCAUGUACGUAAAAAAGAUUCAGAAGACAACAUUACUAAAAAGCAUAAGAAGCCAAAAAAAAGAAAACAGAUAGUUGAGACUGAUGAUAGAACUGUUUUAACAAAAUGUGCGGAUAUUAUUGAAAACAAAUAUCCUAAUCACCAAAGUAGCACUGAAUCAAGUCAAAUUGCAUUGGACAAAGCUACCAUUAAAACAAAAAAUUCCAAAAGGAAGCCUAAAAUUAGUUCUAACAUGACUAUGACAGACUUCUUCUUCCCCAAAGCAAAGAAAUGCUUGAAAGAUGAUGAAAACUCGGAUGAUAUAAAAUAUGAGUCGAAGAGCAAUGGAAAACGUCGUAAAAUUGGGCAUGCAAUACUAUCUGACAAUUCAACAAUUAAUCCAGUGUUGAGCUGUGAUUCUUCUAACAUUUCAGUAAAAAAGUCUAAACUACAUACAGGAGAUUUAAAAACGGAGAUUCUUGCAUCAAAAGAAGAAGUUGCAUCUAAAGUAAAACAUAAAGCUGAAGAAAAGUGUCAUAAUACCCUGUUAACUAUGAUCCACGACAAUGCAAGUAGUUCUGAUUCGGACAAUGAAACUAAAACCAUCAAUGAUGGCCGGGAGAAGCCACCGAGUGAAAAAGGUUCAAGAAAAACCUUUGAAACGAGAGUUGACGGGAUAUUUACGACCAGUGAUGACGAUGAAGAAAUAGAAUCUUCGGACGAGGAAUUUAAAAAAAUCACAAAUAAUAGACAUCGUAAUUUCGACUUAGCAGAAGAAGCUAAAGAUGUCGAAGAAAUGAUUAGUGCCUUGGAAGAGGAAGAGCAACUUCCUAGAGAAACUGUAAGAAAAUUGCGAAGUUUAUGCGUGAAGUUGAACCAUACUGUCCCGCCACAGCACAUGAUUGAAUCAUGUGCUGGAUCUCGAGGUCCUAACAGAAAGCAAAGGGAUGCUAUUGAAAAACUUGGUCCUAUCAAAUAUGGGAAAUUCACUCCUGAAGAAGACGACAUCAUUGUUGCUAACUGGAAAUCGUUUUGCAAAACACAUAAUUGGGAUUCAAGAAAUGUAAAGCCUUUCAUGUACAUGAGGCAUCAUCAAAUUGGUACGGUAGCAAAAUUUGAAGAAAGACAGAAAUUCGUCCAGUAUUUAGCAGCUGGAUUACCAUGGAGAACAUUGUAUAGUGUUUACUGGAGAUUCCGAAAUUUAUAUCAGCCACACAUUCAAUCUAGGUACACUGACAAAGAAGACAAGCUAAUAAUAGCUCAUAUGGAAAACGAUUUGGCUAUUAACGCUAAAAAUAUUCGGAAAUUUUCUGAACUGGGUAAAAUUUUGAAUAGAACAAGAGCUUCUGUUUGGCGGCGAUACAGAUUGCUGAAAAAAAAGAAGAAACCUAAAAGUAUAGAGUGGGAUUCUUAUUUAGUGAAAAAGUUUAUACGAAAUUUAAUGCUGAUUACAUUGAGUGAUGAUAUCCGUCAGUUAAAAGAUCUAUGCAUACCACUUGUUGUAUGGAAAAAGCUAUCAAAGAAGUUGAAAAUAAAUGAGAAAAAUUUGAAGUAUUUCUGGCUUGUGAAGUUGCAUAUGCAAUUAUUUUGCAAAGAGCGAGUUUACCUAAAUGAUGUUAAGAUAAAAAUAAUUGAAUACAUCUAUGAAAUGGGAAUAUCUGAAUGGUGGGAGCUUGAAUGGACAGGUAUAUCGAAAAAAUUUGAUGGCAUGACUUCGACAUUUCUGUCGACAAUAUUUAACAGUAUGGUUCAUGACAAAAUUUUUGAAGGAAUGGAAUUGUGUGAAAUUGUGGAAUAUUUGUAUCACGUCAAAAAAUCACAAUUACAACAAGCUACUAUGGACAGAUGUCUACCUAGAAUUGUUUUUACAGAAAACACUGUCAAACUGCUAGACACAGAAUUGGAUGAUGAACUCGAAUUGAAGAAAUUACUUAUCGAAAGUUCUGUUGAAGACUCGCAGGUCUUUGAGAAUACUGAAACAAGCGUAUCUGACAAAUCAAGCGAGAGCAAUGAUUUAAACUCUGAAUGACGAUCCUUCCUGAUGAGAUGUAUGCAGAACAAGGAUAAAUUGGGACUUCGUUUAAUAGAUAGAAAACUGUUUUCUUGUAUUCAACAUUCAGCUGUAUAUUCAGUUUCAACGCAAGAACUUUUUUCUGAAAAUAAACACUUUCUUUCACACGA